CUGGAAGCUCACAUAGAGACUGAUUCACGUUCCUGUUGCUGCUUUUAUUAUGGCUGAUCUGUGCGAAUCGCUCAGAGACGAUUAGAUGAUCCUUCUGAAUAAAACAAAACCAGUUCUAAAGCCCCGAAACGAACCUCAGGAAGACCAAAUGCCAGCUGACCUUUAACCCCUCUCGAAAAUGGACGUCCGUCUGCAGGGCAACUCUCAGCUCCACUACGGCGUCAAUGGCGGCGCCACUCGAACCUCUGAUCCUGGAGGAGACACUCUGAAGUUUCUGAGUCGAGAGGAACAGGAGUGCCUCCAGUACUUUGAGGAAACAAUUGAGUCUUUGGAGGACGGUACAGACGAGGAGCAGCAGAGGAGUCGCCCUGAACUCAACAGUCGGCCUUUUGACUCGGAUGACAGUCAUCGAUGCCUGACUCCGAACAACGAGGUGUCGCCUAACUACAUAAUCGACCUGGUCCACUCAGAACCAGACUUGGUGCACACUGCAGAGCCAGUCUACAACCCCACCCAUCAAGAUUUUUACCACAUGCCCCACACUCCUGAAAGCAACUCUGAGGCAAAGCCGAGGUGUGACGUGUUCCCCUCAGAGUAUAACCCUCCUUUACGAAGUGCAAGCUUUGGGACGACAGACAGCCAUUCCUCCUACCACCCCCCAGGCAGUGUCCCCACUCCAGUUUUGAUUGCCCAGCAGCUUGCAGAGAACCAGGGAGAUGGAACAGCAAACUUGCAUCCUUCGUCUUUGCUCCGUCGCCUUAGCAUGGAGUCGGAAAAAACACCCAGAGACAGAUCAAAUAUUUCUGUGAAACAUGGUCCUGCUCCCUCAUCAAAGCCAGCCCACUAUCCUCCUAAUAUCCACGUGAUUCAUGGUGGAAAGGAGCCCCAAGUACCAGUGGCUAACGUAAACAUCCAUGAGCGACAGGAGCAGAUGUUGGCACACCUGGGAGGAACUUCCCACCCUCUGCUGCAACAUAUAGAAGACAACACUCGUAAUAGUCCAUCCCGUAGUAUUUCCUUUAAAGACCCAGAGCCAGAUAAAUCCAGGAUGGAGGCCCUGUCAAAGCUGGGCUUGACAAGGGGCAGAGCUAUAUCUCUCCAAAUGAUACCUGACAACUACUCUCAGGAUCCUCACAAAGGUCCAGAUCCCAGAGUCUCAUCGCCAGACCACAGUCUUACCACACAAACAAAAAUCAGUGCUGACCUUCCACAACCAAAUAUGUCAAUACCCCCUCCAGUCUGCUUUAAUGACAAGAAGAAUACAGAGACAUUGCCCUCACAUUCCUUCAGGGGCCACGAUGAAAGAAACUCCCAGUUGGACCCUCCAUCUCCAACAAUGUCCCCUCCUCCAGCUGACAUCACCUCACCAGCGUUCAACACCUUUGGAGGGAAAUCCAUUGUAGUCCAUCCCUCUUUAUCCCAAAAGAACGAAGCUCCAAUCUCUCCAACGACCCCCGAACCCAAAAACCUUCCACUUGCACCUUCUAACCCACUAGAGCUCAAUCCUUAUGGAGGAAAGUCAAAAGUCAUGACUUCUGCCAAUCUACCCGACAUCCUGAGCUCUCAUGUCGAUACGAGGGAAACCAUUCUUGCCAAGCCAGAGCCACAGGCCGUCGAGCCAAACAAGUAUGGAGGGAAGAGCCGAAGCUUUGACCCGGUUUCUGGGCUAUAUCGGACUUCAGAAAGCCGAGCUAAAAGUGUCAAACCUCCACCGCCGACUCCAGCCCCUAGACCUCCUCGGCAGUCCAACCAUGGUGUGCUUCCUCCGCAGAAACCGCCAGCAAGGGCCUCGUCUCCUGAAUACAGGCGAAGGCCCAGCAGCAUGUUCCGUCCUCAAGGUAUCACCGUACAGUUUUGUGGACGAGGAGCUAUGAACGAAUCACGCAGGGAGGCAUUGAGGAGACUAGGACUGCUGAAAGACUCUUAAUCAACUCUGCAGAUUUACCUCUCAGUCUCCAAUGACUGAACUAGAAUAUCUGCGUCGCUUUGCUAAUGGCAAUGGUAUGCAAAACGUUUCCUCCAUUGUCUGAGAAUGAGGUGUGUCUGUAGAUAAACGGGCUUUUACAGAGGAAUCUUGGUACUUGACAGACCUGAAGGGCCACUCCUCACGUCAAGCCUUAAAAAAUGAAUACCUUAACUCAACACUGCUUUCUCAGAAGAAAUCUCAGCUGGUUCAAGAUAUUCUGUGAAUCUCAUCAAAGACGCUGUGGACAGUUCAUCUGAGUAAGACAUUGUGGGGUCAAGGGCAAAACUGUACAGGGGAGUUUGUUUGUCUCACCUCUUUUUUUAACUCAAAUGUAAAUAUAUUUAACGUGGGAGAAGGGAUUAGUUACAUUUUCCAACCAUUUAUCUGUCAGGUUCUUAUCUGUGACCUUAAAUUCACUGAACUCUACGCUUAUCGGAUUCCUUUCUCAUUUUAUUGCAUUUAGUUCUCAAACUAUUUCUUUAAAUUAUGAGGCAGUUUAAUUGUUUAAUUUUGAGUUUUUGUGGAUUUUUACCCUUUUUCUUAAUUUAACCAACUUAAACAUUUAGUCAACUGCAGUUUGGAAACAUGGUGGGAUUGGCAACCUUUUGUGCUCGGAUACAAAGCUAACUGCUAUUAGCAAAUAGCAAUAUUAGCAAUACAGAGACAAUACACAUGUAUCCAUAUAUAAAUAUAACAUCUUUCCUAACAGAAGUUGUAAAAUAUUUGACUAUGUAAAAAACAAAUGGAGGUGAAAAUAUAGAAAUAAUUACUGUAGACUUGACCACGUAUUAUAGAGGCAGCCAUAUUGGAUUUGUAAACCCUAAACAUCUAACAUACUCAGUGGUUCAGUAAAAUUCAGAAAAUUCACACUAAAAUAGUUUAUUAUUGACAAAGUUAAAUGGUGUUUACUGCGACAGACUGGUGACCUGUCCAGGUGACCCCGUGACCCCGCCUCUCGCCCGGAACGUAGCUGGAGAGGAACCAGCAACCCUCCCGACCCCAUUAAGGGACAAAGGUGAACAGAAAAUGGAUAAAUGGUGUUUAUAGAUUCUGUAGAUUGGUAAUGAUUUUUUCUUUAGAUGUGUUUUUUCAAAAUAUUUCCCAUUGAAUAGUUGAAAAGUUUCUAAAGAUAUAGAAAUGUGUAAGUCUUUUUUCUGCUAUUUUUUAUUGUUUACCAACUGGGCAUUUUAGUGAGCGGUUCAUUUUUCUUUUUUGGAUCAAAGCUUUGGGAAAAACUCCCGGCAUUUUCUGCACUGCAGUUUUAUUCCCUCUAAUGACUGAAACUUACGGCGUAAAGAGGAAAAACGAACAACGGAGUUAAAGGAUUCUGCAAAAUGCGUUGAUGCAAACGUGCAAUUUCUCUGAAGAAUGUGGAGCUGGAUGGUAUUUUUACUCCUCAGACAAACAUCCCACACUCCACCACAAACUGCUGCAGUGGGAGUGUGGAGAGGACUUGGACGUUUUUAACACGUGGAAGGAGAAAUUUAAAAACUGCUCUCACUGUGCAGAACUGCAGCUGUAAAACCACCCAGCCCAGAAAUACAUGGCGGGUUACUCCUGUGUGUUCAAUCUGUCAAUAACUGUGUGUUUUUAAAGAAUGUGGUGUGUGUGUGUGUGUUGUGACUCCGGCCUCUGUAGUUCACCUACAGUAACUUUUGAAGUAUAUUUAGUAAAUUUUAUUUACGGACUCCGGUUCUCUGUAGCUCUUCUACAGUCUCUCUGAAGUAUCAAAUGGUGCUCAAACAAACAAACAGACAGAAGAAAACGACGUUCUGCUGAACACUCUAGGAGGAAAUGUCUUUGCAAAGCGUACACGAGCAUUUAAUCUUAAAAAUGGACACAAACUGCUGUGUGGAAGCUGCUGCUAGCCUGAAAUGUCCUGGUAACAUAUUUUAUAUAUCUCUACGUAUCUGUUGUUGUUUUUUUGCUUGUACAGUCUAAUAACAUGAAUCUGCCUGUUUUGUGUUGAAUGUGGGAAAUAAAAACCUUCAGUUCAAUAUUGUUGUCAGUAAUACACUCAAAAAGAUAAAUAUAUAUAUUUAUCACUGUCAUAAAAUCAAAAACUUUUCUAUUUUAGGUCAGUGAUGAUUAUCAAAAUAUUCCUGUUUGCUAAAUGUGAAAAUAAACUCUUGUGUUGUUUUUA